AUGCCCGGCUCAUAUAUAGUGACAUCGUGCUCAGGAGAUUCACCACCACCGUCACCAGUAUCUUCGCCUAUUGCAAUGACAUCAUCAAGAAGUGUUAGUCCGACAUCUCCCGGCAUAUAUGGCGAUAGUCGAUUAAGUGCAUUUUCAUUGGUUUCGGCUCGUGAUUUUCACUUAAAGGAAUAUGCUGUGGCUAGAGAAAUGGGUGCUGUAAUGUAUGGUAGUCCUUUAAGUCCCCUAGUACCAGUUCCUUAUCCACCGUAUUUAUGGCCACAUAUAUCUGGUUUAUUUUUACCAUACUCACCUGGCUUAUUACGAAAAACUGAAAAAAUGUCACCUGAACGUGCUAGUCCAGUCGAUAACAAUAAUUAUACAUCAGAAAAAACAAAAAGUGAUGAUGAAUUACCAUUAAAUUUGAGUACAAAAUCACGACGCCAUAGUAUUUGGUCACCAGGUAGUUUAUGCGAACAAGAACGUUCAAGAUCACCAAUUAUUAACAAUAAGAAAAAUGGAUGGGAUUCUGAAUUAGAUAUCAAAUCGAGUAUGAAAAUAUCACCAAGUGUUGGAUCAAAUGGCGAACGAACAUUUCAGUGUAAACAAUGUGGAAAAUCAUUUAAACGCUCUUCAACUUUAUCAACUCACCUUUUAAUUCAUUCAGAUACACGACCAUAUCCAUGCCAAUUUUGUGGUAAACGUUUUCAUCAAAAAUCAGAUAUGAAGAAGCACACUUAUAUUCAUACAGGUGAGAAGCCUCAUAAAUGUGUAGUAUGCGGUAAAGCAUUCAGCCAAUCAUCAAAUUUAAUUACACACAUGCGCAAACAUACUGGAUAUAAACCAUUUUCAUGUGGUUUAUGCGAAAAAGCAUUCCAACGUAAAGUGGAUUUACGUCGUCAUCGUGAUUCACAACACCCUCAAUCGAAUACAGCAUUAUUAGCAUCAAUCCAAUCACCGCCAUCGUCAGCAGCUUCAUCAACACCUCCAACAUCCCUUAACAUAGAACAUCAUGAAAAUAUUCAUACACCAGCAUCUCCUUCUGCAUAUAAAUUACAUAUGUUUAAAGCUGAAAUGGAUUUAGAAGUUACAAGCAGUAGUUAA